AUGGCGACAACAUCCGAUCAAAACAAUGUGAUUAACCAGUUCCACUGCAUCGGCAUAGUUGGUGCUGGUAACAUGGGCACCCAAAUGGCCAUCGCUUUCUCAGAAAUGGGCCUUAAGGUAUCUGUCUGGGAUGUGAAGGAACAAAAUGUCGACGAGCUACUGGAGUGGUCGCAAAACAACAAAACCAAGGGUGAGAUCAUAGGAUUUCACGACAUCAAUGAAUUUGUCAAAAGCCUGAACAAGCAAGAACGCAAAUUGUUUCUUUUUUCCAUUUCGCACGGUAACCCAGCAGAGUCAGUGCUGGGCAUGAUCAAGGGCAAUCUCAAAGAUGGAGAUAUCGUCCUUGAUGGAGGCAAUGAGGAUUACCGACGCACGCAGAAAAGACAAGAGGAAUGCCAAGAGAUUGGCGUGCACUGGAUCGGCAUGGGUGUUUCAGGCGGCUACCAGGCAGCUCGUCGCGGUCCAAGUCUGUCUCCCGGCGGCGAUGCGAAAGCAUUGGAGACUGUGAUGCCAUUACUCGAGCUUUACGCCGCCAAAGAUCCCAGUGGCAACCCAUGCGUCACUCAAAUCGGUCCUGGUGGCUCAGGCCAUUAUGUGAAGAUGGUUCACAAUGGUAUAGAGGGAGGCAUGUUAUCGACCUUGGCUGAGGCGUGGUCGUUCCUUCACUCCGGCUUGGAACUCGACUACGAGGCAAUUGCAGACAUCUUCGAAAAGUGGAACAACGAGGGCGAGUUGCGUGGUACCUAUCUGCUUGAUAUCGCGGUUGACAUGCUACGCACCAAAGGGUCUUCUUCCGGAACAGGUGGGGGAAAAGGCAGCGACGAGCAUUAUGUACUCGACGAAGUACUUGACAAAGUCGUCCAAGAUGACGAUUAUACGGAGGGUACACCGUAUUGGAACAUCAUGGAGUCAGCGUCUCGGCAUAUAUCGGCACCUACACUUGCCACAGGACACUACCUGCGUAUUGCGAGCGGAAACCGAGCAGAACGACUGCUAGCAGCCAAGAGGCUUCAACUCCCAGUGCCGAAACCACUCCAGGGAAUCAGAGACAAAGGUAAUAUUAUCGAGCAUUUGCGCUGUGCGGUUUAUUGCUGUUUUCUAGCCUCGUUCUGCCAGGGCCUAGAAAUGAUUACACGAGCCUCUGAUGACGAGGGCUGGGGAAUCAACCUGCAUCGAUGUCUUAGAGUUUGGCGUGGAGGCUGCAUUAUUCAAGCCGAUGGUAUAGUCGAUCUAUUGGAGCCUGUUGUUUCAACGGAUCAUCACUGGACAAACCUAAAGCAUUCAGAGGAAGUCGCUAAGGAGCUGCACCGCACUUUCAGCUCUUUGAAAGAAGUCGUGGUACAGGGCACCUUGUCUGAUCAAUAUAUCCCCGCGACCUCAGCUUCUCUCGAGUAUUUGAAAUAUGCAGGCGGAACGUCGCUCCCUACCAAAUUUAUGGAAGGGCAGAUGGACUUCUUCGGCGCGCACGGAUACAAUAAACCUGGUGUCCCAGGAGAGGAUCCUGGCCCUGUUGGAAAAGGGGCCCAUCACUACGAAUGGCGACCAGCGAAGGAACAAAUGUGA